GAGCACCGGACAGCGCCUCCGUGCUGCACACCCGUUCAUUGACGGAGUCGUCUUGUUUCCUCGCUACACGCUCUUGCCAACGUCGGACGCUUCAUGAAUGGGACACGAAGGCACGAUGAUCUCGACUUCUCGGACGGCGAGGACGGAGAUGUGCAGGACGACCAUCCGGGAGACUACUCGGCGCGUCUGGAGGAACUCAUGAGCGACACGGAGGAGGGCUCGGACGGCCAUCCGCACGACGACGAACACGGAGACGAAGACGACGAGGAAGGCUUUGUGUACAGCGGCAUGGAUGCGGUCCCGUCCGGUGGCUAUCGCGAACAGCUGCGGGAUGUGCUGGGUCAUGACCACGAAGAGGACGAGCUAGACGAGCGUGAGGUAGAGCGGUCGCUCGUGCACGACGUCGAAGAGAAGGACCACCUAGCAUCAUUGAUGGAGGACGAGGCCAGACCGGUUGGACCUGUCUCCGACGACACUCCUUCAACACCACCCACACCGCCGAUAUCAGUCUCUGGUGCACCUUCGCCUCCGAAGCCUCCCGCAAGCAAUGGCAGGGGUACUCCCAGCAGGCUAUCGCGUCCCUUCCUUCAUCCCACCAUUUCACGCCUUCGCUCGACUACACCUCAAGCGUCUCGAGUUCCUUCAUCGGCGAGCGUGGGUACGCUCUUCUCUCACGUCCCCGAGGGUGUCUCGGAGAGCCCCUCGCACUUCUCCGCAUUGUCUAGGUCGUCUUCGGCGACCAAUGCCAUGGUCCGAAUGGCAAGAGCAGUGUCGCAUCCGAGACGCGAGAGGUCUUCAGGUGGACGCAAUGCAGGCUGUCCGCGACGUCCUCUUGCGAAGCAACCUCAGAAGGCUGCGUCGUUGUUGGGCACCGAGAACGCUGGCUCGCCCACCGUCAUGGCUGCGAAUGGGCUCAUUUGUGUCGGCACAGAUGUGGGGAAAGUGGUCGUGUUUGACUUCAAGCAGAAUUUGAAGUGCAUAUGUGGCACGGAUGACAAAGCAGCGGGACCAGUCACAGCGGUAGCGCUCUCAUUCGACCAUACCUUCGUGGCCACAGGACACGCCAACGGCCACAUACAGCUCUUCGAUCUGAACACCCCGAAGACCCCGGCGCGCUUCGUUCCACCCACCACUUUGGCAGAGGUAGCUGCUGGACGACAGGAGGGACACAUCGCGGGAUCAAGAAUCGUCAGCGUUGGCUUUGUUGCGGGGAGGCAUACGGCAAUCGUGUCUGCGGACGACAGCGGCCUUUCCUUCUACCACAGCUUAGGCAAGGUCUUCUUCAUGGAUGCGUCUGACACGCUGCGUCUUCUCGGGAAGUACCCGGAGGACAGCCUGGGACCUGGUCCGUCCGGCCCUAACGGAGUCCACCACUUCCGCCGUCGCAAGUCUCGCAAGGGCAACUCUCUUCUCGCCAUGGCUCCCCUUCCACUUGGCACAGCAUCACAUCCCACCGAUCAAUACAAUCUCAUCGCGCUUCUGACGCCGAUCAAGCUGGUAUCGACAUGGUACCGACGCCAUCGCGAGGACGACGACAUUUCGUCGCGGUCGCGGUUCAAGGGUACGCUUGCUUGGUACCCAAGCAUCGUCCGGGGCAAAAAGGACCAGGCUAAAGGAAUCGGCCCACACGCAUCGACAACCCCGGCGUUGGUUUAUUCUUGGGCAGAGACCCUUCACAUGGUGCGGGUCUCGGAGACAAAGGUGCCGCAACAAGUGCGCAACCCGAGAACCGGGAAAGUGACCACGACUGAGGUCGGGCGGGUCACCUUCGAGGAAGCCGGUCACUGGACAGCUAGUGGCGAUAUCCUGGCGCUGCAAUGGCUGAACGUCAAUCAAGUUGUCGUCCUCACUAGUGAGACACUAGAAGUGUAUGACGUUCGCUCCCACAAGCUCGUAGAACAAACCCCCUUCGACGCCAGGUCUCUGGUCUCUCCGAUAUUGGGACACACCAUCAACAGUAGUGUCUCGUAUCCAGACGCGGUGAUGGAGGUAUCGCAUAGCGUCCGAGUAUACAAGGGCAAGAUCUUCACCCUAGGUCAACAUGAGGUUCGGGUCGGCACCUUAUUGACAUGGGCGGAUCGAAUACUUUCCUUCGUGCAGCAUGGUGACUUCUUGAGCGCCAUUGAGCUCACGCGCGCGUACUACGUAGGCGAAUCACCCGGUAAUCGCAACGGUCUCCCGGAGUCUACGGAUCAACUCAAAGAAGUCGUCGGAGAGAAGAUGCACGAACUCAUGGUUGCUUCCGCCCGCUACGCAUUCUCGGAGGAUCGUAUGACCGAUGGCACACUCGCAGGUCUGGACGGUCGUGGCGUCGACAACUUCUUAUUCGAAGGCCUAGUCAGGGUGUGCAUUCGUGCAUGCAUGGCACUUGAUGACUAUGACUUCCUGUACGAAGACCUCUUCCAGGACUACGAUGACACCGGCAUCGCGCGGAUCUUCUUGUCUCAGCUGGAGCCAUUCAUUAUUGACGGCAAUCUGCACUAUGUACCUCCUCGAAUCACUCAACGGCUUGUCGCGAUACAUGACGACGAUGGCCGACCAGACCUUGUCGAGAGGAUCAUCUGGCAUAUCGACCCAGAGUGUCUUGACGUCAAUCAAGCCAUCACACUAUGUCAGCGACACCAGCUCUACGAUGCACUACUCUACGUCUUCACUAGAGCCAUGAAAGAUCACGUCUCUCCUCUUGUCGAGCUGCUCGGUCUCAUCAGACGAGUACAGCAAUAUCGGAGAGCGCGCGAGGAGGGACUCUCCUUGGGGUCAUAUCCUGACGACGACGCGAUCGAGCCUGUCGUCUUGAACGCUUACAAGGUCUAUCCGUACCUAGGCAAUGUCCUCACCGGCCUCGCAUACCCUUCCGCGAACCUCUACCCGACGAAGAGGCCGACCAAGCAAGAUACGACGUUACGAUUUCUUUAUGUCAGGUCAAUCGCGUGUGUGGCCACGGCAAGGUGGAAAGCUUGGGCAGAGGCCACAUAUCCAUAUGCCCGGCUCUUGCUCCGUUUCGACCCAGAGGCGUUCCUACACACCCUCGAUCUUGCUUUUGAAGACGGCUACCUCAGUGACCCUGACAGCCCGAGGGGCACCAUUCGGCUACUCAUCGUGAAGAUCUUGCUAGACAUCACGUCCUCCGGGGAUCUCACGCAGGAUGCCGUCACCUUCGUCAACAUCUUCAUCGCGAGGAACGUGCCGAAGUACCCUCAGUUUCUCCAAAUGCCUCCCACUACCUUACACAACAUCCUCAUUGGUACCCAAGAGGAUCGGCAGCUGGCCGCAGAACAUCUUCUCUCCGAUUACACCCCACACGAGACCAAUCGUAUCAUCGCUCUCUUCGAAAAAGCCGGUUUUUAUCGGAUCUUGCGCUCGUGGUAUCGUCAGGAGCGAAAGUGGUCUCCUUUGCUAUUAACUUAUGUUCACGACUCUAACUUAUCCAAUCCGGAGGUCUUCGACUCUCUCUCCGACGUUCUGACCUUGGUGAAGCGUCUUCACAAAGGCGCUCUACCUCCGGACAUCCUGACAACCAUGACCGACUGCUUACCUCUUUUGUUGGAGCGUGGGGUCGUGCAAACAGCUGCUGAUAUGUUCCCGGCGCGCAAGGGCGGUCCAUCCUCUCACGUAUCCUCCGAUCUGCGCCGCACGUAUCUAUCAUUACAUUGCCGCUUGGAUCCUGCUGGAGUCGUCGCCGCUCUGCGUUACCUCCCUGUGGAACUUCUGGACGCAGAAGAUGCAGUGCGGGUAUGCGAAGAGCAUGCCAUUUACGACGCUUCCUUCGGGAAUCAGCUCUCAGCACGUCUUGCAGAUUCCUUGGUGCAAUACGACCCCACGUCGGAAGCAACCGUUCAAGAGACCCUUGCUGCUCUCGACGCGGUAGGACAGCGAGCCGUGACGAUGUGUCUAGAACACUCCCAAUCUUCUGAGGAUGUGCCUCUGGAGGACAUCUGGUACCAUCUUCUGAAGAGCCAAAUUGACACCGUCCAGCAUGUGGCGUACGAGCUGCAGCAAACUACCCUUUCCGUUCUACGCAAAUCAAUGCAAGGUGCAUUCACCGCCUUGAUGUCGGUCAGCUCUGCGAAAGGCGUAUCACUCCCGCGUCUGUUCAAGAGGUUGCUCACGACAGCGUCUCACAACGCUGUGUCUAAGCCUACGCUCUACGCUGAGUUCCGCACGCUCUUCACGGGAAUGUUGGAGUCCUAUCGCUCGGACGGAGACAUGCUCAUCAUCACCAAGCACCUUGUGGAUCGCGAUCUGUCCACUACGAUCGAAGAACUUACACGGGAGCGUAUGCAGGGUUGGGCGCCAUCUCAGGGGAGAUGUCAGACAUGCAAGGAAUGGCUCGUCGACAGCAAGACUUCCUCCGCAGCAGAGCAGGACAAUCGGACAGGCGUUUCGAUAGUUGUAUCACGGACCGGAGCACUAUACCACCAGUCAUGCUUACCACCUACUCAUCAGGAUAAUAUAGCCGUACAUUAG